CCUCUCUCGCCCGCUUGCUCGCGCCGCCCGCCCGCGGGGCUACCAGCCCCCGCCGGGCCGGGGCCAUGCAGGAGAGCCAGACCAAGAGCAUGUUCGUGUCCCGGGCCCUGGAGAAGAUCCUAGCCGACAAGGAGGUGAAGCGGCCCCAGCACUCCCAGCUGCGCAGGGCCUGCCAGGUGGCGCUCGAUGAAAUUAAAGCAGAAAUAGAAAAGCAGAGGCUUGGCGCUGCCGCACCACCAAAGGCAAAUUUCAUUGAAGCUGACAAGUAUUUCCUUCCAUUUGAGCUAGCUUGCCAGUCCAAGUCCCCACGGGUGGUCAGCACAUCCCUCGACUGCUUGCAGAAACUCAUCGCAUAUGGGCACAUCACCGGCAAUGCCCCUGACAGUGGAGCCCCAGGGAAGCGGCUCAUCGACAGGAUCGUUGAAACCAUUUGCAACUGUUUUCAGGGCCCUCAGACCGAUGAAGGAGUUCAGUUACAAAUAAUUAAGGCUCUUCUGACAGCGGUGACAUCCCCACACAUUGAAAUUCAUGAGGGCACUAUCCUGCAGACAGUGAGGACAUGUUACAAUAUCUAUUUGGCCAGCAAAAAUCUCAUCAAUCAAACCACUGCCAAGGCUACCCUCACUCAGAUGCUGAACGUCAUUUUCACACGCAUGGAAAACCAAGUGUUGCAGGAGGCCAGAGAGUUGGAAAAACCAAUCCAGUCAAAACCCCAGUCCCCCGUGAUCCAAGCUGCAACAGUGUCCCCAAAGUUCAGUCAUUUGAAGCAGAGCCAGGCCCAGAGCAAACCGACGACUCCCGAAAAGACAGAUUUAACCAACGGUGAACAUGCCAAGAGUGGUUCUGGAAAAGUGAGCUCAGAGAAUGGAGACGCACCCAGAGAAAGAGACCUAUCGCUGUCAGGGACUGAUGAUGGUGCCCAGGAGGUGGUGAAGGAGAUCUUAGAAGAUGUGGUCACCUCUGCCAUUAAAGAAGCAGCACAAAAGCAUGGCCUGACAGAACCUGAGCGGGUCCUGGGUGAACUGGGGUGCCAGGAAUGUGCUGUUCCCCCAGCAGCUGAUGAAAAUUCACAGACCAACGGGAUAGCAGACGACAGACAGUCCUUGUCGUCGGCGGAUAAUCUGGAAUCAGAUGCACAGGGACAUCAAGUGGCCACAAGGUUCUCUCACAUUCUGCAGAAGGACGCCUUCCUGGUGUUUCGCUCCCUUUGCAAGCUGUCUAUGAAACCCCUUGCUGAAGGCCCCCCAGAUCCAAAAUCCCACGAGCUGCGUUCCAAGGUGGUUUCCCUUCAGCUGCUCCUGUCUGUGCUGCAGAAUGCUGGCCCGGUCUUCAGGACUCACGAGAUGUUCAUCAAUGCAAUCAAGCAGUAUCUCUGUGUGGCGUUAUCCAAAAAUGGCGUCUCUUCAGUGCCUGAUGUCUUUGAGCUGUCUCUUGCUAUUUUUCUUACUCUUCUCUCAAACUUCAAAAUGCACUUGAAAAUGCAAAUAGAGGUCUUUUUCAAAGAGAUUUUCCUGAACAUUUUAGAAACAUCAACAAGUUCUUUUGAGCACAGGUGGAUGGUCAUUCAGACGCUGACAAGAAUCUGUGCAGAUGCCCAGUGUGUUGUAGAUAUUUAUGUCAACUACGACUGUGAUUUAAAUGCUGCUAACAUUUUUGAGCGCCUCGUAAAUGAUUUAUCCAAAAUCGCUCAGGGAAGAAGUGGACAUGAGCUGGGAAUGACACCUCUGCAGGAGCUCAGUCUGAGGAAGAAAGGUUUGGAGUGCCUCGUGUCCAUUCUCAAGUGCAUGGUGGAAUGGAGCAAAGACCUAUAUGUGAAUCCCAACCACCAGACCAGCCUUGGUCAGGAGAGGCCCACCGAUCAGGAAAUGGGGGAUGGGAGAGGCCUUGACAUGGCGAGACGAAGCAGUGUGACAUCCAUGGAGUCCACGGUAUCCUCAGGGACCCAGAUGGCUGUCCAGGAUGAUCCAGAGCAGUUUGAGGUCAUCAAGCAACAAAAGGAGAUUAUCGAACAUGGCAUCGAGCUUUUCAACAAGAAACCCAAGAGAGGCAUCCAGUUUCUCCAGGAGCAGGGCAUGCUAGGAACGUCAGUUGAAGACAUUGCCCAAUUCCUGCACCAGGAGGAGCGCCUUGAUUCUACCCAAGUAGGUGAUUUUCUGGGAGACAGCACAAGGUUCAACAAGGAAGUGAUGUAUGCCUACGUGGACCAACUUGACUUCUGUGAAAAGGAAUUUGUCUCAGCCCUGAGGACGUUUCUAGAAGGUUUCCGCCUACCUGGGGAAGCCCAGAAGAUUGAUCGAUUAAUGGAGAAAUUUGCUGCGAGAUACAUAGAGUGCAACCAGGGGCAAACCCUGUUUGCUAGUGCUGACACUGCGUAUGUCUUAGCAUAUUCAAUUAUCAUGCUAACCACAGACUUGCACAGCCCUCAGGUAAAAAAUAAAAUGACGAAAGAACAAUACAUUAAAAUGAAUCGGGGUAUCAAUGAUAGUAAAGAUCUACCAGAAGAAUAUCUCUCAAGCAUCUAUGAAGAAAUAGAAGGCAAGAAAAUUGCCAUGAAAGAAACAAAAGAACAUACGAUCGCAACCAAAUCUACUAAGCAGAGCGUAGCUAGUGAAAAACAGAGACGGCUGCUGUACAACCUGGAGAUGGAGCAGAUGGCUAGAACAGCAAAAGCUCUGAUGGAGGCUGUGAGCCAUGCGAAAGCUCCAUUCACAAGUGCCACUCACUUGGACCACGUCCGGCCAAUGUUCAAAUUGGUCUGGACGCCGCUGUUGGCAGCCUACAGCAUCGGACUGCAGAACUGUGAUGAUACAGAGGUGGCCUCCCUGUGUUUGGAGGGCAUCCGAUGUGCAAUCCGGAUUGCCUGCAUCUUUGGAAUGCAGCUGGAGCGAGAUGCCUAUGUUCAGGCUCUUGCUCGCUUCUCCCUGCUGACGGCCAGCUCCAGCAUCACAGAAAUGAAGCAGAAAAACAUCGACACCAUAAAGACGCUCAUUACAGUGGCGCACACCGAUGGCAACUACCUUGGGAAUUCCUGGCAUGAGAUCUUGAAAUGCAUCAGCCAGCUGGAGCUGGCUCAGCUGAUAGGAACCGGUGUGAAAACCCGCUACCUGUCUGGAUCUGGGCGUGAAAGAGAAGGGAGCCUGAAGGGCCACACAUUGGCAGGAGAAGAGUUCAUGGGCCUUGGCCUUGGUAAUUUGGUGAGUGGUGGAGUGGAUAAAAGACAGAUGGCCAGCUUCCAGGAGUCUGUUGGUGAGACCAGUUCCCAGAGUGUGGUUGUAGCUGUAGACAGAAUUUUUACUGGAUCUACCAGACUGGAUGGGAAUGCCAUAGUUGACUUUGUCCGCUGGCUGUGCGCCGUGUCCAUGGACGAGCUGGCUUCCCCCCACCACCCCCGCAUGUUCAGCUUGCAGAAGAUUGUGGAGAUAUCAUACUACAACAUGAAUCGGAUACGACUGCAGUGGUCCCGAAUAUGGCAUGUGAUUGGAGAUCACUUCAAUAAGGUUGGCUGUAACCCCAAUGAAGAUGUGGCCAUCUUUGCUGUUGACUCCUUAAGGCAACUCUCUAUGAAGUUUCUCGAGAAGGGAGAAUUAGCCAACUUCCGUUUCCAGAAGGAUUUUCUGAGGCCCUUUGAGCAUAUCAUGAAGAAAAACAGAUCUCCGACCAUCCGGGACAUGGUGAUCCGCUGCAUCGCCCAGAUGGUAAACUCACAGGCAGCCAACAUCCGCUCAGGCUGGAAAAACAUCUUUGCUGUAUUCCAUCAAGCAGCCUCGGAUCAUGAUGGGAACAUUGUGGAGCUGGCCUUCCAGACCACGGGCCACAUCGUCACAACUAUUUUCCAGCACCAUUUCCCUGCAGCCAUCGAUUCCUUUCAGGACGCUGUGAAGUGCUUGUCGGAGUUUGCCUGCAAUGCUGCCUUCCCCGACACGAGCAUGGAGGCGAUCCGGCUCAUCCGCUUCUGUGGGAAAUACGUCUCUGAGAGGCCUCGGGUGCUACAAGAAUAUACAAGCGACGACAUGAAUGUAGCUCCUGGCGACAGGGUCUGGGUCCGAGGCUGGUUCCCUAUCCUGUUUGAGCUUUCCUGUAUCAUUAACAGAUGCAAGCUAGACGUUCGGACAAGAGGACUCACGGUCAUGUUUGAGAUCAUGAAGAGCUAUGGCCACACCUUUGAAAAGCACUGGUGGCAGGAUUUGUUCAGAAUCGUGUUCAGGAUUUUUGACAAUAUGAAACUCCCUGAGCAGCAGUCAGAGAAAUCCGAGUGGAUGACAACAACUUGCAAUCAUGCACUGUAUGCUAUUUGUGAUGUGUUCACCCAGUUUUAUGAGGCUCUGAAUGAAGUUCUUCUUUCUGAUGUGUUUGCACAGUUGCAGUGGUGUGUGAAACAAGAUAAUGAACAGUUGGCUCGGUCAGGUACCAAUUGCUUAGAAAACUUAGUAAUAUCUAACGGGGAGAAAUUCAGUCCCGACGUCUGGGAUGAGACAUGCAGUUGUAUGCUGGAUAUCUUCAAAACAACCAUCCCACAUGUUUUGCUGACAUGGAGACCUGUAGGAAUGGAGGAAGAUUCAUCAGAAAAACAUUUGGAUGUGGAUCUGGACCGCCAGUCUCUAAGCAGCAUAGAUAAAAAUGCCUCUGAGAGAGGCCAGAGCCAACUCUCUAACCCAACCGAUGACAGCUGGAAAGGUAGACCAUAUGCAAAUCAGAAACUGUUUGCCAGCCUCCUCAUCAAGUGUGUGGUCCAGUUGGAAUUGAUACAGACCAUCGACAACAUUGUGUUCUACCCUGCCACAAGCAGAAAGGAAGACGCAGAACACAUGGUUGCUGCCCAGCAAGACACACUGGAUGCAGACAUCCACAUAGAGACGGAGGACCAGGGCAUGUAUAAGUGCAUGUCUUCCCAGCAUCUCUUCAAGCUGCUGGACUGCCUGCAGGAGUCUCACUCAUUCUCAAAGGCCUUCAAUUCCAAUUACGAGCAACGGACUGUCCUGUGGAGAGCAGGUUUUAAGGGCAAAUCUAAACCUAACCUUCUAAAACAAGAAACCAGCAGCCUGGCCUGUUGUUUGAGGAUCCUGUUUCGGAUGUAUGUCGACGAGAACCACAGGGAUUCCUGGGAGGAAAUACAGCAGCGACUUUUAACUGUGUGCAGUGAGGCCCUUGCCUAUUUCAUCACAGUAAAUUCUGAGAGCCAUCGGGAGGCCUGGACAAGUCUUCUGUUGCUGCUUCUAACAAAAACCCUCAAAAUAAAUGAUGAAAAGUUUAAAGCACACGCUUCUAUGUACUACCCCUACUUGUGUGAAAUUAUGCAGUUUGACCUGAUUCCUGAGCUCCGAGCAGUUCUGCGCAAGUUCUUCCUACGGAUAGGUGUUGUAUAUAAAAUAUGGAUUCCAGAAGAGCCAUCACAGGUACCAGGGACGCUGUCACCAGUGUGGUAGCCCUGACCCCUGCGGGCCACAACUACAGCUCUGCGGAACAUUCACCAUGCCACCUCUGCCUGGCACAUCUCGUGAAGGGUCAGAUCGUAGAAAUAGGGAGUCGGCAUCUGGGAGCUCAGAACGGCCUGGAGGAAGCUGGCCUCGACAUGGGUCCCAUCAGUCCCUGGCUGAGACGUUGUGCUAUUUCAUUAAAGUGUUGCAUAGCCAGUUAAAACAGUAGGUGGGGAGUCUGUUUCAUCUCCGUCAUUCCGUCUUACUGACUAGACUGUCAAGCCUGUCACCGCACAUGCGCCAUUUCCUAGCAGAGUCCCAUGAUUGGCUGUCUGCGUUCUGUCAGAGGAAGUUGCUUUCCUUUAAGACACUGAACAUAGCUGUAGAGGUUCGUGAUUAUUAGAGAGUCUGUUAAUAAAAUUUCUCGUAAUGGCUAAAUGCCACCUAAAA